AUGCCCCCUCUCCGGCCUGACCUCGACCUUUCAAUAGGUGCGAUAGAAAUCGCAUUGAACAUUUCGGCGUUUCUGGCCGGAUGUGCUACUAUUCAGACCUACACAUAUUAUCGGAACUUUCCGAGUGACCGACUGUUCAUGAAAGUCUUGGUAUGGCCCAACACCUUCUGA